GCCGAAAACAUGCACACUUGCAUCGUAACCUCACGACUGGCGCUGCGCCACCCUGAUGAACGAAUCCCCAGCAUGCAACAGUCCGCCGUUGGGCCCAUGGCUGGCGUCCCUCGACCAAGUGCUUUCGCUUGGGACCGUCUCCCAACUUGAGCAGUGGCUGCGCACCCACAUCGUCGUCACUGCGGGCGCACCAAACUCAACUGCAGCUGCUACGUUGAAUUCCUCGGAUGCUCCGAUCCCACCUGUCGCUCAUUCGUCCCAACAUUGUCGUGUGGAUACCUUGAUCAAAACAGUCAUCAAGCACGGGUGUCCAACACGGCUCGCUGUCUGUGUCGACCUAGUCCAGUGCGACACCUCGUUCUUGUCAUCGGCCGCAAUGGCGCAUUGGGUACAUUAUGCGUCCAUGUGCAACCAGCUCGAGAUGGCAAUUCACAUGCAACAGCGUCUUCUGCAUUGGCCAACCCUUCCUCCACGUUCGAAACCUGUCUUGCUCAACGUAAAUGCCGUGAACGGAUCCACAGGGACAGAGCGGACAAGGCCACACUGGCACACGCUAUCGUCAGUCAAUUCAACGACACAACACCAACGACAAAUCGACCGCAAGCCCAGUGCAAUGUGGAGUCUAGCCAACCAUUUACUCCACACGAGUGAAUUUAUCUAGACAGGGCACUAUCCACGAAAUGUACCUUCAGAACGCUGAGAAAAUGUCUCGAUUGAAUCCACAUGUCGAUGACCGGCUGGA